GCGCAGAACGAAAAGAGCAACGUGACAACAUUCAGUUCACAGUCCAUUUCCAGAAGUUCCGCCCCGGCAUUUCCGACACCUUCUGGACACUUUACUUGAGAUGCUCUUUGCAGCUCUGCCGUUCCUGGAAGCAACGCCUCUCCAAUUUGGGCCUCGUGGCCCUGUUCCUGUGUGUUGUGCGUGCGCUCCUUGGGGACGAUGGAGAUUUCGAAGAUGUUCUGGUGAAGUUGGGGAUCGCACAGAACAUGCUGAUGCUCCCUGUGUGCAUCCACAGCAUGAAUGUGUUCAGCUGCGAUCGCUUGGAGAGAAAGCGAGAGGACACGGCUGGAAUUCCCAUACUCUCGCAAUAUCUGGCAAAGGACUUCUGCCAUUUUGCGGAGUUGCUACUCUUUGCGGUUCUGUGGACAGGCAUAUACGGGCCCUUCUCGAAGGUCGUGGCAAGCCCUUGGACCCUGCUUCGCUUAGCAGUGGCGCAGUGCUACAUGGCUUACGGCCUUUCCUUCUUCCUCUCCGUGAACCUCACGAGUCCGAGCACGGCCACGGUGACAAUCAUGCUGCUACUCGUGGUGGCUCAGCUGUGUUCCGGUGUGGACCUCAUCGCUUUCGGAGAGGUGCAGAGCGCGCUUUACGGCAUAGGAUGGGUGAUCUUCAUACUCUCGCCGUCCUUCUACACGGUAGAGCGGAUCUUGCCCAUCUACCUCUUUGAGGGACUCGAACCGCCUGUGAGGCAGGCGAUUUGCGACGGCUUCCUGCAGAAGAAAGGGGUCAGCUGUCAACUGCCCGCUUCACACGGAAAGUCUGUGGGUGUGUUUGGCACCGUGACGGGCUUGACCACAUUCUUGGCAGACAUGAAGAAAUCGUACAUCUUUUUGCACUCGGACGUGCAGCUGGUGAUGCUUGCAUUGGCGAUACGAGUCAUCACCCUGUUUCAGCUGGAGCUACGGGCAGGACAGGCUAUGCAAGGCAACCGACGGCAGCGCUUCAUUUGUCGUCUUGCCUUGGCUUUAGUCGCCAGCUUCUUUAUACUCACCAUCCCUUUGGCGCCCAACGCCGGCGCCGAAGAGUGGAUGAUGCCUUCUUAG